GUAUGCAUCGUGUUGCAAAAUAAAAAGAGGCUCGAGCGACGCGAGCGCGCGCGCAAGGUAUAUCAUACUGUUGGUAGUACUGUCGCCGGAAUAUGGCAACACGGAGCAACGAGGCAGAGAAGUCUACACAUCCAUCCAUCCAUCCAUACACUGUACGGUGCCCCGUUGCACGUCGGGUAACCGAACAUGUACGUAUGUCCUAUACGAGCGACGUAGCGUGUUCCGAAGUGUGUCGCGGCGUUUGGCCAAACUCGGCUCGGGUCGGCUCAGUGUCUUCGAGUUAGCUCGGUCCGAUUCACGGGCUUGUGUUUCUGCUUGGCGAUAGCACGCGCGCGAAAUCGCGCAGUGGUCGAGGCGUUCUUGGCGGCCUCCUGGUGGUGUGCUCUGAGGCGGGCUAGAAACGAAGCGAGCGAAAGAGAGCGAGAGAGAGUGAGUGAUAGUGUGGGAGUGAGAGAGAGAGACUGACAAACAAGAAGAGUGAUAAGGACAGGCGUUGGGAGGAGAGAGAAGACACACAGAGAGGAGGGAACGAGACAGAAAGAGAGAGAGAGAGAGAAAGAUAGAGCGCGCGCGCGCGCGCGCUCGUGCUCGCGCUCGCGCCUUCUACCGUUUGCGUUCCUGGGACGCUCGCUGAUUCUCUGCGCGCCAUAUACAUACGUGUGUGCAUGCACUCGUGCACACGCAUGCAAAUCUUAUCGUCGCACGAGGCUCAAGUAGCCGGGUCGUCCGCAGCAGAUCUGAGGAGGCGCGUUGAAAGCUGCACUGUGGACGAGCAGCUCGCCACACGACUCUACGUGGGCUAAGAUGCCCGACAUAACUGGUACAAACGACGUCAACAUCAGAACAGCUAGAUCUCGUGGCCAGUUGUGCACUUGCUCUUCCUCGCGAAUACGUCUUUGAGCUACUCCCGCCGCCAAUUGCGUUGUUGAAAUCACCAUCGUUCUCUGGACUAAAUUCUCUGGAUACGAUUUUCUCAUGGUAGUAGUAAUAGAGUAUGCUUGGGAUUCUGGAGGAAGACUUAUUUGAAAGAUAGCUGCGGUGUGUUUCACAGACACAGAGAAACAUCUUGAUGAAUGUGCAAUAACAGUUCUGAUAGUGAUAUGUACAUUGGAAUUGUGUGCUGAUCGAUGGUUAUUAUGCACGUAGCUUAGAAAUAUAUGAUGUACUCGACAAUUCUUGUAUUGUAAGAAUAAUAAUAGUUACUGAAGGAAACAAAUUGUAGCAAUAGCAGGAUUCAUACUGUGCCAUCUGGUGCUGCGACUCUAUAUUUGUUUGCAACAUUGUUGAUACAUGCAUCCGUAUGUAAUUGUGAGGAUAUCUCUUCUGCAUAUAAAUUAGGAUAUAGUCUCUUGGUGCUGCUAUUUCUUCAAGAAUAGACUUCAGAGAAAUCUUUUGGUAUCCACCAAUGUUGAUUUUAUAAGAAAGCUGGAUUAAAUACUCCGCCAAGAUGUGUGAGCAAACGGAAAUCAAUUACCUGGAUGGAGAUGUUGUCUGGGUUAAGUUGGGAGCGUGUUGGUGGCCUGGACAAGUUACUGGGUUGCAUAAUUUGCCAGACGAUAUACAGGUUGAAUUCCGAAAGAAACCGUUGAUAGCUGCAGUAAAGUUUUUUCAGGAAGAUACCUAUGAAUUUGUGAAAAAUUACCAACAGAUCUACAAGUACAAUUGCACACUCAAAGAUGAUUUUAUCAGAAAAGGUUUGGAUAAAUAUAGAAGUAAGAGUAAGGAUGGUACCAGUUAUAUGGAUAAAUUCCCAGGUGAUGUAGAGAUGGCGGAGAAGUUAACAGGUGGAAAUCCCGAUAUACUGAAUCAUCAGAAAUUUUGUCCCGAAGAAAAACCGGAUAUCUCCGGUUUGUUCGGCGAGAAGAAAAUUCCGAAAAAGAAACGCGAUCGCGAUGACUUGCACAGGCGAAGCGAUAAUUCAGAAAACUUGAAGAAGAUCACGCAUCCGCGCUUCAUACGGGGGGAAAGCGACCACGAAGUUCGCAUUCGCCAGCAACCUAGCAGUUUACCGUCUACACCGACUAGUACAGGUUCUCCGCAAUAUCCCUGUCACUUUUGUGGCUUCACUUCCUCGCGCGUCAACGUUAUCAUUUGUCACCUGAAGAUUCACCGAUCUGGCGGCUCACCGUCGCCGCAAUCGAAAGUCAAAACAUAUUCUCAGUCGCAAAGUAGAAUAUCCGAUAUAAGCUCACCGAAACGCAAAAACGUCAAGAAAGAAAAGAACCAAUCGAGUAAAAAGAGCGACGGUGAAGUUGAGCCGCGUAAACGAAAGCACGUUAAGCAGAACGAGAAGACCAACAAGAAGAAGAAGACUGAUCCAGAAUUGCGCGAGAAAUUAUUGGCUGACUGGGACGACGAAUCGGACGAAGAAAUGAGUGUUAAUGUAAAUAACUCUUUGAAUAACAGUACAAUUAACAAUUCGGCUACCAAGGAUCAGUCGAGCGUCAACAUUAGUCAGGAGUUUAACGAAGAGAGCGAUGCCACAACAGAUAAUAACGAAAUUAUAGCAGAAACUGAAAAAUUACUUAAGGAAACUGAAGGAUUAUCGUCGAUACACAUGUCGCGGGAGUCAUUAGAUAAUCUGUCUGCUUCGACAAGCUUAAGAUUGAGUAGUUUCGACAAGAAAUCCGAGUCUGAGAAGGACCACAAGGUUGGCGCGACGUCCAAUGAAGUGUUCAAGAAGUCUCCAAAAAAGGAUACCUCGGGUCCCGACAACGACAAUAAAAAUGUCUCUGUCAAAGACGACAAAAAGUCAAGACUAUCUUGUUUCGAUUUUGACGAGGACGACUUAGCCGAACCAUCUUUGCCCGUACGAAAAAUCCCUAGAAUGUUCGGCGAAAAGAAUUUAUCUUUGAAGAAGGAGAUUAUUAAGGAAUUCGAGAUGAGUCAAGCUCUGAAAAAUGAAAUUAAGAAGGACACUGAGAAGAUACCAGAGUUAGAGAAAAGUUUGGAACUAAAAGCUGACGAAAUAAUGGAAAUAAUACAAGGUAGCGGAUCUUUACCAGAAAAAAAGGAAAAUAAAGCGGAUAAGAAAUCCAACGAAAAUGUACAAAAUAAAACGGAAGAGAUCAAACAACUUGAAGAUAAUGUUGAGAAGAAGACUGUGCCAUCGGAGAAGAACGAACGAGAGGAACGAAAAUCUAAGGCCAGCACUUAUGAAUCUGAGAUAAACAGAGUUGCAGAAAUUAUUGGCAUUGAAAAGAAAAACGAUCAAGCUACAAACCAUUCUACGAAUAUUAAGAAAGAUAUUGAAAAGCAAGCUAAGCCUGCUGCACCUGAGACGCCAGUAAAAUUAGAAGCAUCUGCGAAGGACGAAACGUUUACAGACGCGACUAAAGCUAACGUUGACAUAUUGUUCCAGUCCGAGAAGACUGAUUCAGACAAUGUGAUAGCGGAAUCCAAUGAGAACGCAUCUACGAAGGAAGCUGACGAUACUUGGUCGGAACGUUUUACUACGGAAACAGAAGACGAGACCGUGUCCGAAUCUGCGGAGACUGUGCCUGAACAAAGCGAAAAUUCAGAUGUCGAUCAAGAUCAAAGCGCUGACGACAGCCUCUCAGGAAGUCGUGCCAGUCAGCCGAUUAAACGAGGAAGAGGACGACCGCGCAAGGACACAAAGUCGACUAACAGAGGCGGCAGCGUGAGCAAAAGUCCGAAGGUGAGAGACAGUAGGAGCAACAAGAGGCCUCGCAUCAGUGAGAAAAUCGAGUUCGAGCAUAAGACUUCGGACUCGGAUACAGAUCGCUCAUACAGUGGUAGAAAGCGCAAGCCGAACAAGAAAUAUUUAGAGUCCGACAUAUACGUUCAAGGUUUCGACUACAAAGCGGUUAGAACCGAUGAAAGUCAAUCGGAGAGUGACGAUAAAGUCUCCGAAAAAAGCACGAGCACACCCAGAAGAGGUAGGCGGUCCAAAGGUGCCGAAAACAAAAGUAGCGAUAUCACCGCUCAAAUGGAUAAGCAAGAGAUAGAGAUAGCUGAUCAAAUGCCGACCGCAACCGAGAAUAACGUUAGCAUUUUGUCUUCGAUUGAAAUGAAACCUGAAAUGCUUGAAAGCAACGUCUCCCAAGAGAAGACACUCACUGAAAAGCCCGAGGAAAAACCUGAAGACAUUAAAUGCGACAUACUCGAAGAAUCAGUGAAACAUCUGGAUGAAAUAGUCACUGCAAAAAUUGACAUGAAUAUAUCAUUGAAAAACGUGGAAAUGACGAUAAUACCAGAAACUACGAGCAAAAAUGACGAAGCAGAACUUGAUCUGGGUAAAACUGUCGAUAAGUCAUUGAAUAUACUCGAGAAGGAAAAUGUUAAGCAAAUCAAAAGUACCGAAAUGGAUAUUAAAGAUGAAGAUAAAUCGACACUAGUACAGCAAGUUGAAAAUAAGUGUGAAAUUCAUCGGGAUUCCCCAAAAACGAGCGUGGACAUGUUGCCGCCAAAAAAAUCGCAGAUAAAAAAGUUCGAACUAUCGCAAAUAGAUUUUUUCGAAACAGACGUAGUAUCAACUAAUAUAACUACGCAAGCUGAGUCUGAAUCUAAGAUUGAGCCGGAGUCUAAAAUUGAACCUGAAUCUAAGAUUGAACCUGAAUCUAAGAUUGAACCUGAAUCUAAGAUUGUGUCUGAAUCUAAAAUUGAGCCUGAAUUAAAAAUCGAGCCCGAAUUUAAGAUUGAGUCUGAAUAUAAGAUCGAACCUGAAUCUAAGAUUGAACCUGAGUCUAAGAUUGAACUUAAAUCUAAGAUUGAGUCUGAAUCUACGAUCGAACCUGAAUUUAAAGUUAAACCUGAGCAUCAGCAUGAAUUGAAAAAUGACGAUGUUAAAAAGAUAAAUGAGGACGAGAUAGAGAUAAAACUAACAAUGGAUAAGAUAACCGAUGAAAUCGCUAAGUCUCUGGACAUUGAGCAUAAAGAACAAAUUCCCGCGAAUAGUAUCGAGCUCAAGUCGCCGAAAAAGUCGGAGAAAUCUGAUGAGAAAAAGGAGGAAACGCGAUUGGAAAAAAUACCGGAAAAGACAGAGGACAUUCAACUGAAGUUAAAAACGCCAGAGAAGUUGGUCUCAGCUGAUAAAUCGAACAACACGGAGGUUACAUCAAAGAGUCCCACAAAGGCUACGAUUGAGCAACCAUUGACACCCAAGAGGUCCUCCAUGCAAACGAGAUAUAAAGGAAAAUUCACUCCGGAAACGGGUGCCAAGGGGAAAAAAGAUCAGUUCUUGGAUGAUACUCCGAAAUUAACCAAUACAUUCCAAGAAGCUUUCCUGAAAACUCUACACAUGGACAAGAAGAAGAUCGAGGAACCUGAGACACCUAAAGGAAAGAAGGGGAAGAAGGCUACUAAAAAGAAAACUGAGGAGAUCGACAUGAAUAUUAUCAUGACAAUUGCACCAAAUCCGAAAGUCGACGAGUUGAAUAAAGAUACGCAAAUCUUCGGAAAUAUUCAAACCGAGGCAAGCAUAUCCGACAUAUCGAUCGUGAGUAACUUCGAAAACGUCGAAAUGGUCGUCGAGGAGAAGUUGGAAGUCGACAAUAAAAUUGGAGAGAACGUGUUCAAAGCUACCGAUCAGCUCGGAACGUCGCCCGACGAAUUUAUUAUCGUAACUAAGCCAUCUUUCAAGUCGACCGUUUCCGAAAAUAACGCGAACAACAUUCCAGACGUUAAGAAGGAGGAAAUCUCUAAAGUGACGCCUGUGUCCACAUCUUCAUUAUCACCGUCGGAUACUUGCGUGCCGGUGAAGAAACGCGAGAUGCCACGCAUAAUAGAAAAUGUGACAUUGACUGAGCCAAUGCAGAUAUUGAAGUCAAAGUUACUGGACAAAUUACCGCAGAAAGGAGUCAAACAUAAAUUCGAAUUAGACAUGUCAAAGAAGGGAGACUCGAAAAGUUCCAAAGCCAAGAUAAUGAAGAUAGAAACUCUGCCCUCGAACAGUAAAGCAAAAGGCAGUGCGAAGUCAAGUUCAAAUCCGCAUAUAUCUCUGACAAAGAAGCUUCAAGUCUUGAAGACUGAGGAGACGGACGCGCUCUUGGAAGCGCAGAAGAGAGAACAGAAUAUGUCAGCGGAGCAAACCGCGGACAAGUACGUGCAGCAGAGCUCCCAGAGUCUCGCCGACAUGGAACUGGAUAUCAAUUCGAUGCCGUUUGUCCUCAGCGAUGACGUUUUAACGCCGGAGAGUAUCGAGCAAAUGCCUGUCGUUAUAUCUUCCAUUAUUCCGGCGUCCAGUUCAAUACCAGCCACACUCUCUUUCACUCCGACCACGCAAAUUGUGUCACCCACUGUGCAGACUGCGCAAUUCAAAAUAACGAAUGAGACCGCGACCGAGACUGUGUCGUCUUCGACGAAGAAGAAGAGCGGCGUGCCGGCGAUACUGAAAAACAAGAAAGCGAGGCCGACCAUCACAAGCGUUAAAACCCUAGUACCGCCGCUCACCGGUGGCGUGAAGGGUUUGAAAUUUCAGACCGCUCAGCCGGCGAGCAAUACGACGGCACCCCUUUUGACGCAGAAGGGCGCCUCUCAAGGAAAAUACGUGGUCGUGCAGACGGCAGGAGGACAACAAUUGCGUUACAGUGUUCAAGGUAAGGCGGGCACCCAACAGAAGAUCGCUAUUCCGACCGGUAAGCCAACUGCUGGCAACGCACAGGUAGUUCAACAAGGCAGUAAGGUCGUUAUAUUAACGUCCGCGCAGUCUUGCCAGGCCAAAAUGAUGCCGUUAAACAUCUCUAAGACCUUGAGUGGUAAAGUGCAGAGGAUCAUGACGAGCAAGGGCCAAGUAUUGUGCCCGAUUAGUCCGCAAACUGGUAUAAUCACCUCCAAGACGCUCCUUGCGCCGAAGGCCGACGCGACUAGCUCGCCCACAACGUCCAAGUUGGCCGGCACCGGUCACAAGAUCAUUAACACGCAGGGCAUCAUCACGUCCAAAGCUGUGCUCACUCCUAUUACUGGCAAAACAACGUUAUUGGGCACACUGGCGCAAGGAAUCCUCACGAAGAAUCUUUACACCCCGAUCAGCGGCUCGGCCUUGAGUGGAAAGACUUUGAUUGGUUCGAAAGUCGUUACAAAGGGUGCAACUCUAUUGUCUUCUCAGAAUUUGAGCGGCACGAAAGCGAUUCUAGCUCCGGUGACUCAAGCCAUUGCCGGCAAAACCAUACUGAACACGCAAGCCAUCGUGGGCAGCAAGGGUACCGUCCUGACGCCGAUAACCGGGCAGCAGGUGAAGGCUCUCGCCGCCAAGAGUCCGACCAAGGGCAAUAAGGCUCUACAGUAUCAGCAGGUUCAGCAGAAGAUGCAAUUGCAACCGUUACUGCAGAAGUCUAAGAUGCCGAUAUCGUCCGCAUCGUUGCAAGCGAGGACAUCGGCGUCGCUGAAAUCACCGGGUAGCAGCACAUUGGUGCUGCAGAACACAGUCGGUACCGCAUCCCCUCAGAAAACCACUCAUAGUAAGAAAGCAAUCAAACAGACGGUAGUGCAACCAACUGCUACUAUUCAAAGUAUCGCCUCGCCGAGCGGCGCGCAACAGACGGUAGCGGUGAUGUCGCAGCAGAUGCAGUCGAAAGGCAGUAAAACCGCUGCGAAUGUGCAAAAGGUCAUAAUCCCACGAAGCGGCGGUCGCCAAACGAAGGCACAGCAGAAGAUUAUGAUGCAAAAGAUGCAGGAUCCGGUCGUGUCAACGAUGCAAAAUAUCCACGCGAAACAAGUAAUCGCUGCGACUUCGGCGACCGUGCCGAUCACCGCCAAGACUGUCAUUCAGUCCAAGCAAGCAACUCCUACGAAAUCUUCAACGAAGUUCCAUUCCUCGAGCAAGCUGCAGAGUCAAGCGCAGAAGAAUCUAUUGAACGUCGCCAUGAACUCGAUAGGUACCGUCACGACAAACGCGAAUAUUAUCACGACCUUAACUAUACCGUCGCUUGAACCGAUUGACACGGAGAAGAAGAAGACGGAUCCGCAACUCGUCGACGGCGGUCAGAAGGAGGCAAGCAAGGUUGAGAAGGUUCAGACUGAGAAGAGCGUCGAAGCCACAGAUAAAACCGAGGAGCCGAAAGUAACCGCACAGAUCAUGGCUUUGCCAACGGAAAGCAGCGAUGGCACGCAGACCUACGUCUUAGUGACGAUCGAUGAGCAAGGGCAAAUACAGCCUUUGGAUAAUAACACUCUCAUGUCGCUGGAGGGAACCACGCAGAAUCAGGACGGCACGAGGACUCUGUAUAUAGACCCCAGCUCAUUGGGAGAAACCGGCAGUUUAGACAAUAUCGUUCUCCAAUUCGACAACGGUAUUUUGCCGAACAUUCAGAGCAACGUGACAACGGAACCUAGUCAGACGAUCAUAUCGGAAAGCUUCCCGACGUCGGAAGUAAUACAGACAUCCAAUCAAGAUAUAUUGGCAGCCGCACUCGCCAACACCGACUUCCAGCAAGAGAUUACACUGCCGGAGAACCAAACGGGCAGUGUAAUGACCACCGGUCUCACGCAAGCAAGUCUCAUUAAUCAAACUAUCCUACAAUCGACGAUUAUACCACCUACACAGCCAAUAUCCUCACCGUCGGUGCUGGAGACUUCAUUGACGUUAAACCAGCCGAUUAUGACUCCCCUCGAGGUGCCGAGCAACUUGCCCAUUCAGUCGGAUUCGACUCCCACAUCGUCGACAGUAGUCUCCACGAUACCAACUUCCCUCGAGUUACCAAUCACCAUCACGAAUCCUGCCAUCUCUUAUAUAUCAUCGGGUGAGACGCAGAUACAAAUCCCCGGCAACUCAAUGCCGGACAUCGGUGAGAUCAUGGAAAGCCCAGUGGGUGGUAGCACGGAAAUAGAUCGUACAGAGGAGAUCUCCGUGAGCACGCAGUACUUGAUGAUCCCCAAUCUAGAGGACAACAUCGCAGUAGCAGCGGCUGCGGAGACACAGAACGUGCAGAGCACUGAGAUCGCGAUACCAUCCGCCUCGUACUCGGUCACGAUGCCGAGUAGCAUGGUUUUGGAGAGCUCGCAGGUACAAACUACCCCGUCGAUGCCGAUUAUUGACGACACGUACACUGAGAACAGCCACUUCGCCGGCGCGUCGAUCGUCGCCGAACAGACUUUCGUGGACGUGCCGGUCUCGGAGAUGUUGGUCUCUAAAGCACCGGUCUCCGUGGAGAACGUGCAAUCGCAAGAUAUCACGGUAACGUCGGAGAUGAUUGUUUCUUCCCACCAGGUCCCGGCUUCUCCGCAGAAGCCGAUAAUAUCGAACGAGUCCAAGAGUUUAGACGAGGAACAGACGGUGACAAUGCAGGAUGUGUCAAUGCAGAACGUGACGAUGCAGAACGUGACGAUGCAGGAGGUCUAUUCGUCGCAUGAGGUUCCCAUCACGUCUGAGGAACUAAUCUUACAGCAACCGGUCAAAGAGAUCAGCGCGUCGUCUUCGAGUGCAAUAGAAAUCGUGCAGGAAGCGGAAGCCGUCGAUAAAGAGAACGACGUGUCGAUGACCGAUUGUUUGCCGAUAAUAGACGAAACUACCGUAGUGACGUCUGAGUCUACUUCCAGAAUAGAGCCCAUGGAACAGCAGGUGGUGGCCACAUCGAACGAGGUGGAAGCCACCUCGCAAGUGCUACCAGCUGAAUCGUUGACUCAAUCCAACGACAUGGCGAUGGAAGUGGAUGAAGAAGCAGUACAGUCGAGAGAACUCUACGCCGGUAGCAGCACGACCACACGUUCUGCGGAUUGUCAGAGGGACGAGCCGUCGUCGCAGGAAGAGUCGGACAGACGCUGCCUGCAUGAAAAUGUGGAGCUGCACUUCGAAGAGACAAACACGGAGGCUGCUAGUCAAGAGGCGCCGUCGCAGUCGCAGUACGAGCAAUUAAGCUCGGCGUCGGUUACCAGCGACUCUACGGAUCUACCUAGUCAGUCGGCCGCUAAAAGCUCUGAAAGCACGGCCGAGGCCACUCAAUCGAGCAUAAUUGCGUAUGAGCCGAUGGAGAUGGACGAGGAGGAAGCCGUCGUGACGGAACCACCGACUCAGUCGUUCGAGCAUUCAAAAGUCAACGAAGCGUCACAGUCGUACGAAACAUCGGCGGAAGCCAAUGUAAACGCGCCGACGCAGUCGUUUAACGAGAUAAUGCAGAGUCAGGAGGAUCGUCCGAGUGCUGAUCAAACGAUCGACGACCAGAGUUUCCCCACGCAAAGUUACGAGGUUGACAAGGGUGAGAACGUGCCGGAAAAUCUGGAGACUGACGCUGAAAUCAGUCAGGAGGGGAACGUGCCAUCGCAGUCGAACGACAUCGGCGUUGACGGUAUCGGCACGUCAUCUGUAUCGACGAACAACUCUGGACUCAACGAGGACGAGACGGCGAGCUCGUCUUAUGUGCCAGAGACUCCUGAGAAUCAGGAAAGGGAUCAGGAGGAUCAAGAGAGCGCGAUUAGCACGUCAUCGUACGAGAUACCGCCGUGCGAAGAACUCAACAUCGCCUCGUCCAGCGUAAUACCGGACACGUCAGUCAGUGCGGAGCAUAGUAGCAUCCAUGACAAUGGGGUGCCAGAGAUACCCACCUCGUCGUACAAUCUGAAUCCAGACAUCACGUCGACCCACGUGGACUCCGGACCGACGUCCAGCUAUGAGGACCAGGUGAUAGUCGAACAGAACGUAUCUACAUCGUAUGAGGUGCCAAUCUCGAUGCCCGGCUUGGACGAAACUUGCUCGCAGAACUUUGUCACUGAGAGCACCGAUCAUAGGAAUGAGCCGUCCAGUUAUUAUGCCCAUCACCAGGAAGUAACGGCGAGUUACUACGAGUCUGUCGACCAAGACGCAAACUCCCGCCUGGAAGGAGGCGAUCCGCACGAGGAGGUGACGCCUGGCUACUACGAGGGCAAUCCACAGGAGGUGAGCCAGAGCUAUUUUGCGCCGGCUGAGGAGACUCCAAACUAUACCAGUCACAGCAUUUCGCCCAGCUAUUACGAUCCCAGACCCGAGAGUGAGGCGAGUCAGAGUUAUUACUCCACGGACGAACUGGACAAGACUGAGCAGUCGUCCUCGCCGAACAUCGAGGCGUCACAGAGCUUCUACCAGGAGAGGUCGGGCGAACUGAGACUGAGACAACAAGGUGAAGCAACUCCAACUUAUCCAGAGGGCUAUCCUGUGGAUUACACCUUGGAGAACUCGCCAAUCGAAAGGCAUGACCUCGUAGAGAGCUCGGUACCGGCUACUAGGCCUAUGGAGAGGUAAUAUAUUGCGAGGGCCGAUGGCGUCGAGGAGAAUCCUUUCAUGAAAUAGACUAUCAGACGUGCUGCCACUGCAGUUGCAGUCACCGUCGACAGCAUACAAACUCUCCCCACAUCCCAUCCUCCUCCCCAAGUCUAUUUUUAACUGUAAAUAUUACGUUAAGAUAUACACAGUUAUAAUAAGCGUUUAGCUUUUAAAGUGAAGUCUAGAGCUACUUUAGGCUCUCCGACGCACAAGACAAACGCAUCUCUUGGCGCGCGCGUGUGUCUGUGUACGUUGAAAUAAAGGGAAAAGGAAUAAAGAACGGACAUGUAAUUUGCUCUUAGAAUUUGAUAUAUAAAAGUUAUAUAUUAGGAUUACGUACGUUGUGGUUUUAUUUGCAUUAUUUGUUACGAUCUUUAUUUCAUUAAAGCGUUUCAACUAAAUAACGAAGGAGCAGCAGAAGAAGUGUCCAUACAACCGUUAGAGUAAACGCAGCGAGCUAUUUAUAUAAAUAAAUAAUACAUUGCUAUUCAUUUCUUUUUCCUUUUUUUUUGGAAAUGUAGAGAAUUAUAUCACGCAACCGAUUCUCUCAAUAUUUCUAUACCGAAAACCGGUUUCCGUUAAAUAUUUCUAUGUCUACGAUGGAGUGUUGCGAGCAAAAUCGCGGGGGACGAUCGGUUCGUGAGAUAAACUCUCUUUUUCUUGCGACAAAAUAAUGGUCGGUGAUAAAAGAAGUAAAUAAAAAAAAAUCGCGAUAAAGUCGAAUACCCGGGAUUUUAUUGCUACUUUACAAUGUCGAGUUAUAGUAAGCAGUUGUUUGUUUACAAGUUGUAAGGAAUAAGAGCUCAUGUGAUUGUAUAAAGCAAAGAGCACAAUAUUUCUGAUAAUACACCAAUAAUAGUACGCGCUCUACAAAUCAGUGGAAACGUGAGGAAUGGAGACCUUCUGUCUAUCAUUCUUCCUCUUUUUCUCUCUUGGGCUAUAUCGUUUGAAGACUUAACUUUCGCGUAUAAGUUGCGUCAUGCCCUCGAUUUGCUCAAUGUGGAAAUGUUUUUUUUUUCAAUGGUUGUGCAAAUCAUGGCAAGAUAAGGUGCGUGUUGUGCUUUGAGCGAAACGAGGAUCGUACAUUUAGACUUACAGUUUAGUUUGUAGGUGAAACAAUAUAUAUGGAAAAUAAAAAAAUGCCUAUUUUAUUUCACUUAUAUAUAUACGUUGUGUAUUUUGCGUAUGAGGCGAAGGCGA